AUGUCUCAAUCCACCACCACCCCUAUCAAGCAGGCCAAAGCACCUGCCGCUAGUGGUCAAAAGGACCCCGUCCACAUGAUCGAGAAGCUAGAGACCAAGACCAAAGCCGUAAAUGCAAACAAUGUUGCCAGAGUAGCCAACAGUCAGCUGGUUAAUGCAGAUGAUAAACUGCAUCCGCUGUUGAGCCUCAAGAAUGGCAAGAAGCUUGAGAAGUUUCCUGAUACGCCAAAGGCUUUGGCUAAAUUGAGUGUCAUCGCCGUUGAUGCCAUGCUCAGUGCUCUCGAGGCUGAUCGCGAUGGAAAUGAGAUGGAGAAGCGAGAGAAGUUGCGUCUGCAGAUUGGUCUCAAGCCCAACCCUGCUUGA